AUGUCAAUCUCGUCAUUCUUUGGGGGACCCCCUUAUCCCCUGAACAACGCCCAAAUCGGAGGCAUACCGUCUGUGUCAAUUGACAUGCUGCCGUUGGCUGUCUUUCUGGCUUUAUACGCUAUAGCAGCAGUCACCUCUACGCUCUUGACUGAAAUCCAUCGCCGUAAGGGCCACGGCCGCACCAUCCCGGUCAUCCUGUUCCUCUUCUCGGGUGAACGAGUCGUGGCCUGCGCGAUGCGCAUCGCCUGGGCUUUCAGACCAGCCAACGUGCGCAUCGCCGUCGCCUCACAGGUCCUUCUACAGGCCGGGGUCCUCCUCUUAUUCCUCCUGAAUCUCAUCCUGGCUGAGAGAGUCUUGCUUGAUCGAGACCUUGGAAUACGUUCACGCCGGUGCUUGAAGGCUCUUCUCGGCACAUUGUCGGCGCUCACCAUCUCAGCUCUCGUCAUGGUUGUUGUGUCUAUCAUCGUUUCUGUGUAUACACUGGACCAAAACACGAUCGAUAGGUGUCGGGAUGUCCAGCGCGCCGCUGCUACUUAUCUGCUGGCUCUUGCGGCGGCUCCCGUGGCGAUGCUCGUGUUUGCUCCACUGCUCUCGUCGGUGCCAGUUUCACGGAGUACAGGAAGUGGAACGCCCAAGCUCGAUGCGUAG